AUGACGGGGCGGUUUGUUGAUGCGCACUGCCAUUUGCAGGACCCGCGGCUGCGGACGUCUCUUCCAGAGGUCUUGCGCCGCGCGUCCGAGCAUGGCUUGACCCACAUAUGCACGUGUUCAUGCAAUGAAGAUGAAUGGAACAACUUCCCAUCCCUCGUCCAGGACAUAGCGUCGCCGACACCUAAGAUCGUCCCGGCAUUUGGGUUGCAUCCGUGGUACGCCGGCGAUGCAUCGCCAUCGUAUUUGGACUCCCUCCGAACCACACUCCAACGAUACCCCUCUGCACUGGUGGGCGAAAUCGGGUUAUGCAAGUCACGGCGCGGCAAACAAGUCCCACUCCAUGUCCAAGAGCAGCGAUGCCGCGAACAACUAGAACUAUCCGAACAACUCGGACGUCCUGUGGUCCUUCAUUGCGUGGCAGCGCACGGGAAGCUCUUCGACCUGCUGGCCGCCGCCCCAUCGUUGCCGCAUGCCAUUUUACAUGCCUACUCCGGGUCUGCGGACAUGGUCAAAGCAUUCACGAAGCUGCCUUUCCCCGUUUACGUGUCCUUCACAGCCAGACAAUGUGUAGACAUGGUGCAGUCUGAUAAACUCCGCUCCACAUUUGCCGCCGUGCCAUCGAGUCGGCUGCUUCUCGAGACCGACGCCCCAGACCAACGGCCAUCGGUGCUUGGCUCAUCCGCCAUGGCUGUGUUGCUGGAUCUUGAACUGAACGACCCCGUGGCCGUGAAAAUGGCCGUGGAAGUCGUGGCGGAAUCCACCGGGAAGUCCGCCGAUGUGGUUGCAGCUCAAGUGUAUGCCAACGCUAUCGACGCAUUUUGGGUUGAGAAUACCGGUAUAUAACAAUAUUAACCGAAAUAUAGGAUAAUAUUUAUUCAGUUACCA